CAGUUGCUUGCUGCGUCGUUGAUGGUUGUUCGUUCGACGGAAGACACAAUCCAUCGCAUUUUUGGUUUCGCAGAACAUUUUUAUUUGAUCCUGUUUUUGCUUGGUUUGACAGAAGCAAAUAAUAUAUAGUAAAGGCACCAUGAUGUUUCGUUCGUUCAGCAUCGUUGCCGCGGCGAUCCUCCUGAGUAAUAGCAUGGAGGAUGUGUCGGCGUUUACUCCCACUCGUGGUUCCCGUCUUUCGUCGUCGUCGUCAUUGUUCCUGGCCGACACCGCCGCCGCCGUUCUUGAAAAAGAAGUCGUUUCGCCAUUGGAAGAAGAAGAAGAAGAAACGACUACUACUGCCACGAAGAAAUCGGAGAAUCAAAUUACGCAUUUGCAAAAGAAACUGCGUUACUGGAAACAAGAACAAAAGAAGAAGGAGACCGAGUACAAGUCGUACCAGUUGCAAAAGACAGUGGAGCAUCACACGAAACCAAUUUAUCGACGAGAAGGCAAAAUCGAUCAUUACUCGAUGCGUCCCGUCUACGAUCAACAGACGGAGCGAAUUCAGACGGAAGUAUGGAGUAUCAAGGAACAGAUUAAAGUAACGCAAGCCAUGUUGCACGAAGAACGGCGUGUCGAAUCGGUCAAGAAAGAAGUCGACGACGAAAUUCAAAGUUUAAAGGCGCAGCAGGAAGAAUUGCGUCAACAAGCAGCGUUGCAAUUGCAGUCCAUGCAGGAAGAAUCCACGGCCCGCUUGACGGAAAAAGAACAACAAAUUGCCGCCGUCAAGAAAGAUAUUCAACAAUUGUCGCAAGUUCUGAACGAUAAUCGCAACGAAUUGCAAAACAAGGAAAUUUGCUUGGAUUCGCUCGAAAAGGAACUCCAUCAAAAGGAAGCCAUUCUGCAUCAUCUCAGUCGAGAACGAGCCAGUAUUCGAGCAUUGGUCAAACAGAGCUGGAGGGUACUCAAGAAUCGAUUCAAAAAACAUAUUUUGCACAAGGAAUUGGAAUUAGAGCAACAGGAGCAACCCGAGACGGAACAGGUCCUUGUGGCGGCCGGGGAAGCCAACAACUAACCGUGGGAUCACGCCGUGCAUGCGUGUUGUAGUCUCAUUAUUGUAUUGCCAACGUAACAAAAGAAAGAAAGAAAAAUAGUAGUGUGAAGUUGUUUCAUUUC